AUGUCGAACUUCCAGGAGCAUGUCGUGCCUUCGGGCCGGCAGCACUACAGCGGCCAGAACCGUGUGCCCAACGUUCGCGAGUUCAUGGAGCAGUUGGACCAGGACAAGAAGGCCCGCGAUGCCGCUAUCGACGAGGAGCUCAAGCAGAACAAGAUCCAUGGUGAGACCAAAGAUCACAAGAACGAUAGAGCCGAGGCCAUCCGCCGAAAGAAGGAUACUCGCAAGGUGCGAGAUCCUGUCACGGGAAAGGAUGUCGAUAUCCGGGACGCCGAUCUUGACUUUACUGAAGCGGUCGAGAACCCACAGUUGUCCGUUCCCAAUGAGAAUCUAGGAAAGCCCGCGACUAUCGCGACAUCGUCAAAGCAAUCCGGAGAAGAAUAUCGCUACGCCCAGGAUGUCACCGCGCCCCCAGACCCCGUCCAGGAGGGCGCCACCUCUGAUGUCCCAAUUCGCAGCGAAAAGACUUCAGUCCUCUUCUACAAGACUCCUUCUAUCAGCUACGAGCCCAUGUUCGAGAUUCUCGAGCAGCGCUCCAAUAUCCUCUGUAUCGGUAUCUUUAUCGCCAUUGUCUUUAUUGGAAAGAUGUUCGGCGGUCGUCUCCUGGGUCUGAUUCCGCUGGGCUUCUGCGUCUCUUCUGGUGUCUUCCUCUGGACCAAAGACUUGAUUCGACAGGGCCGAGAUCUCGAGUGGUCAAGCGAGCAAGAACGCGGUGAGACUGCUACCGCGAACCUGAUUCCUGAGUCUGUGGAAUGGAUGAACACCAUGCUGGGCAUCAUGUGGGGGCUUAUCAACCCCGAGAUGUUUGCCGCCGUGGCCGAUACUCUUGAGGAUGUCAUGGCCGCUUCCGUUCCUGGUGUCAUCGAACACGUCCGCGUCGCCGAUAUCUCGCAGGGAAACAACCCCAUUCGUAUCCUCAACAUGCGAGCUCUGCCCGACUCCCACGUUCAAGACAUCAAGGACGAGCAGCACCGACAAAACGAGAAGAACACUGACCCCGAGGAGUUGGCUGCCAAUGAGCAGGCUGGUUCCUUCUACAACCUCGAGGUUGCCAUUGCCUAUCACGCCAAGCCUUCUGGUCAAGAUAUUGCUUCCAAGGCUCGCAACAUGGGUAUGCAGCUGGUCUUCUACCUCGGUAUCAAGGGUCUUUUCGGUGUCCCCCUGCCCAUCUGGGUCGAGCUUAUAGGUCUUGUUGCGACGGCUCGAGUCCGUGUUCAACUGACCCCCGACCCUCCUUUCCUCAAGGCGCUCACUUUCACCCUCAUGGGUAUCCCCAAGGUGCAAGCCGGAUGUACUCCCAUGAUUGAGAAGGGUGUCAACAUUCUUAACCUGCCUCUCAUCUCCAACUUUGUCAACUGGGCUAUUGGCGCAGCGGCAUCCAUGUAUGUGGCGCCCAAGAGCUUGACCCUCGAUCUCAGCAAGAUGCUCCAGGGUGAUGAUAUCAAGAAGGAGACCCUCGCACUUGGUGUCAUGUUUAUCCGUAUCCACAAGGCUGUUGGUCUCAGCAAGCAGGACCAGCGUGGCAGCAAAGGUGGUGGCUCUGAUCCUUACAUCACCAUCAGCUGGAGCAAGUUCUCCAAGCCCCAGUUCUGCACGCGUGUUAUCCAGGAUGACCUCAACCCCGUUUUUGAGGAGAGCUGUGGCCUUCUCGUCACCAGCGACCUUCUCAUCGCUGAUGAGCAGCUGUCGGUUGAACUUUGGGACAGCGAUCGAUCAUCCGCCGACGAUGUUGUCGGCAAGGUCGAGCUCAGCAUCCAGAAGCUGAUCCAGCACCCCGGCAAGAUGUUCCCUCAGGUUUCCAAGCUUCGGGGUGUCAAGGCUGAGAGUGAGAUGCCUGGCGAGCUCCACUGGGAAGUCGGCUUCUUUGGAAAGACUCAGUUCCGCAAGGCGCUCCGAACCGAUGGCAGAGAUCUAAACCUCCCCAAGGAACUCGCCGACAAGCCCGAGCUUCAGGAAAACAAGGGCUCGAUCGAUAACCAGGAGGAAGAUGCCGUCAUCCACACUCCUCCCGACCCUCUCUGGCCUUCUGGUGUUCUCAGCGUUGUUGUCCACCAGAUCGUUGGUCUGGAGCUCGCCAAUAUCAAGGGCUCCGAGGGUAAGAGGAAGGGCAAGGAGUACGAGCCUGCACGGCCCGAGGCUGGCGAGGUCAAGGAGGAACAAGCCAAGUCUCUGCCCAGCUCGUACUGCACCAUCUUGGUCAACGACGAUCUUGUCUACAAGACCCGAACCAAGGUUGUCUCUUCCCAGCCAAUCUUCAACGCCGGAACUGAGAAGUUCAUUCGUGACUGGCGCUCCUGCAUCGUCACUGUGGCGGUUCGCGACUCGCGCAACCGACAGCACGAUCCCAUCAUCGGUGUUGUGCCUCUCAAGCUGACUGAUGUCCUCCUGACGAGCAGCGAAUCCACUCGAUGGUAUCCUCUCGACGGAGGCAUCGGCUUUGGUCGUAUCCGUAUCUCGCUCCUCUUCCGAUCGGUUGAGCUUCGUCUGCCCCCUCCUCAGCUCGGCUGGGAUAUUGGCACAUUUGAGUUCCUCUCUGACACAAUCACCACCACCAACUAUGCUCCUGCCAACCAGGCCAGACUCCGAUUCAGGACUGGCGGCUCAUCGGCCAACGUCAAGAAGCAAGUCUCUUCUCGCGAGGGUGACGGUCUCAAGUUCGACAUUAGUGGUGAAGAUGGUACCCAAAAUGUUCGCCUGCCUGUUCGUCAUCGCUACAGCUCACCCAUCUUUGUCGAGUUCUACCCUAGUGGAAAGCGAAGUCCCGACGCGUAUGCGGUACUGUGGCUUCUGGAGCUCGUUGACGGUGAGGAGACCGACUUUGAUAUUCCCAUCUGGAAGUGCAACAACAGCAUGCGACUCUCCCAGAACUACAUCACUGAGGAGAACUACCGCACCAUCCCGGAUAUCGAGAUGGAGCAGGUUGGCCGUGUUCGUUUCCGAGGCCGUUUCUCAGCUGGAACAGACUCGGACCACAUCAAGUUUGUCAGCUCCAACGAUACCCGCGAGACAAUCGAGACCUGGGAGGCCUGCUACGCCGAGGGUGUGCGCCAGCAAGAGGUGCACGCUGAGGUUCCUCCUGUGAUCCAGAAGCUUCACGACGAGUCCUUGACCCAUGGCCGAGACAUUCUCGCUCAAGCAGACGAGAAGCAAAAGGCGAAGUGGCUUGCCAAGGACGGUACUGACUGGAGCGGAGCCUUUGGUGAGGAUCCGUCUGCUCUGAUGGCCAAGCGCGAUCGUCCCUCUCGAGAUAGCGAGGAGUACGACGACUUUGACCAGGACGACGUUGAUGACGAUUCUGAUCCCGAUCUGGGCAUCCAAGAUGCCGAGACGGAGCCUUCGGAGCCUUCGGAGAAUGGCCGCCCUUCUGUGGACACCAACGCGACUGCUAACACGAGCGCGACGAGCGGUUCUCAGGCCAGCAGCAACAGCCUGAACCCCAUCAAGAAGAUCAAGUCCUACCGCGCCGAGAGCCGCGACAUGCACCGUCGACACAGGGGUCUCAUGCAAUGGCGACCGAUGCGAAACAUGCAGUUUGCCAAGGACGAGGCCAAGUUUGCCGUACGAAAGGUGGUGAACCUGGGAGCGCUAGAUGGGCGAAAGCCUGAUGUUGAGACCGAGGUCUAA